GCCAGUGCGUUCCACUCCAAGAGAAAAUCCAUGGUGAGCAGUCUGUAGACAGUAGCCAUCACACUCAAUGUCAUGGUCAGUGUUGUUAUUCUCGGUGGUGGCGAUGGCGGCGGCAGCGGCGCUCGUAGUAGCCAGCGGAGCAGCACCGGCGCCCAUAGGGAAACAUGGCUGCGAAACGUGGUGCGGUGAGGUGAGCGUGCCAUACCCGUUCGGCUUGGGACCGGAGAGGUGCUCCGCAGCGGCAGGCUUCCAGCUCACCUGCGACCACGGCAACACUACCAGUACCAGACCCGGAGCAACCACCCGGCCCCGGCUGUUCCUCAGCGACUACAGGGGCUUCGAGAUCAUGGAGAUCUCAGUGGAAAACCGGACGGUUAGCGGGGUCAGCCCCACUAUCUUCAGCAACGCCGCCAUCAACAGCACUAUCAGGAGGCAUAUGGGCUUCGGUGACAACCGCUGGAAGAACACCAGGCCACCGAGCACCUCCUAUCUGGUGGCCACGGGGUGCAACGUGCAGGUCACACUACUCUUCAGUACUCCUGCCGGCACCCACAGCUACACCACCGGCUGCAGCUCAUCCUGUAGCGGCAGUGCUAUGAUCACCGACAACGACGUCCGGAACUACGGCGUUGGCUUCUGCACUACCCCGGUCGUCUCAUACCUCGCGUCCUAUACCGUGGAGCUCAAGCGGCUCGCCGGGAACAGCACCAUUAACAACCAUCUCCCGGUAUACGUGUUCAUCGCCGAGGAAGGUUGGUUUGGUCCGGACCGGGCCGUAGAUCUUAUGAAUCUGGGCGCACGUCGUUCCAGACUCAAGGCCAAGGAUGAUCAUCUGUUGGUACCCUUGACCCUCGACUGGGUAUGCAUCCAUGGAUCCUGCAACGCCUCCGUCAACGCCAACUGCACCACACUCGACAACGUGUGCCACUGCAAUCCUGGCUAUAAGGGCAACCCUUACCUAACGGAUGGAUGCCAAGAUAUCGAUGAGUGCAUGCGGCCAAUGGACCAUGGCUGUUUUGGCGAGUGUCGCAAUACGCAGGGAUCGUUCAACUGCUGGUGUUCGCGAGGAGGAAACGCCAGCCAACCAAAUGGUUGCCUCAAUCCCACAAGGAAAACAGGUUUAAUCAUUGGUCUCUCCAUUGCUACUGGCGCAUCCUCCAUUCUUUUCUUUCUGGGUGCAUUGUUAAUAAUUCGCAAGCUUAAGGAUCACAAGGCUGACAAGUUGAAACAGAAGUUUUUCAAUCAAAAUCAUGGACAGCUAUUGCAACAACUAGUAUCUCAAAGGUCUGACAUUGGCGGAAGGAUGAUCAUCCCUUUAAAGGAAAUAGAGAAGGCCACAAACAAUUUUGAUCAAACGCGUAAACUUGGUGGCGGAGGGCAUGGUACAGUCUACAAAGGAAUAUUAUCAGACUUACAUGUCGUGGCCAUCAAAAGGUCAAAUAUUAUGGUCCAGAGAGAAAGUGAUGAGUUCAUAAAUGAGGUUGCCAUACUAUCACAAGUAAACCAUAAGAAUAUUGUUAAGCUUCAUGGUUGUUGUCUCGAGACAGAAGUCCCACUAUUGGCCUAUGAAUUCAUUUCCAAUGGAACCCUUAGUGAUCAUCUUCAUAAUGAAUCACCAAAAUCAAUAUCUUGGAGUGGCAGGCUAAGGAUCGUAAGUGAAGUAGGAAGAGCAAUUGCUUAUCUUCAUUCUGCUGUUUUAGUUCCUAUAAUACAUAGAGAUAUCAAAUCUUCAAACAUACUUCUUGAUGAUGCUUUCACGGCAAAAGUAUCUGACUUUGGUGCUUCGAGGUACAUUCCAAUCGAUCAGACAGGUAGAACAGAAACAGCAGUGCAAGGAACUAUAGGAUAUCUUGAUCCUAUGUACUACUACACGGGACAGCUGUCAGAAAAGAGCGAUGUUUAUAGCUUUGGAAUUCUUCUUGUGGAGUUGCUUACUAGGAAGAUGCCAACCAUGUAUAGAACCUCAGCAGGUGAUGGACUUGUGGCACAGUUUGUUGAACUCCUGGAAGAAGGCAAACUAGUUGACAUACUAGAUUCCCAAGUUGUAGAGGAGGGAUGUGGCGAAGUUGAAGAAGUAGCUGCUCUAGCUGCAUCAUGUAUAAAAUUAAGAGGAGAGGAUAGGCCAACCAUGAGGCAAGUGGAGAUGGCACUCGAAGGCAUUCAGGCAAACAAGCAGCUUGUCCUAACUGAUUUGGGAGCAGAGCGAGAUGAGGAGAACUACUCAACCAGAACCAGUUUGAGCUUGGAGGAAGUGAGCUGAUGAUAUAACCAAGAAGAGUCAUUCUCAGACUCUCAGUACUAUCUAGGCGGUGUCCCUUUAAGUUUUUUUUUAAUGUUUGAGCAAGUUGAUCCUAGGUGUCGUUAGAUUAUUAAUCUGUAGUAUUUAUUUUGUGUCGGAUGCAUGUAUUCUGUAAUUUGUGUGUCACUGGGGAGACCUGGAUUUCGGCGGGUCUCCCGCACCUGGUAAAUUUUCUACGAGUGAGAACAUUGUUGAAACAUUU